AUGACUAAACUCAACACUAAUUACAAAUAUCUAACUGAUAAUGAAAGACAGAUUUUACAACAAUGCCCUUACCAAUUAACUCUUUCGAUUAACGAAUUAACCAAAUCAGCAGUAAAAAAACGUCAUAAUCCACCACGGCCACAAAAUAGCUGGGUAAUUUUCCGAAGAGAUUAUGAAGCGCAUUUACGUUUAUGUAAUCAAAACAUCAAAUCAAAAGUGAAAGAAACAGCAAAGGAAUGCAGUUUAAAGUGGCGAAAGUUAUCAAGCGAAGUCAAGUAUUUCUUCAAAAUAUUGGAGAAAAUAGCUUGCGAGAAUCAUAAACGUACAUAUCCUAAUUAUAAAUACAAGCCAAAACAUGCAAAAAAUUCAAGCCAUAAAGAGUUUAUUUUUCGAGAAGAGAAAAAAUAUGUAUCUAUUUCGUCAACUAAGUUUUGUACAAUAACUUCUAAUUCACCUCAAGAAACAAUACAAAUUGACGGGCCGCCAUUUUUGACCUUCAAUUCACCUCAAGAAACAAUUAAAAUUAACGGUCCGCCAUCUUUAACUUCCAAUUCACCUCAAGAACCAAUACUGCCAUCUUUAACACUAGCAAUUUCGACAGCCAUUUAUAAUAAUCAAGACGAUAAUAAUAACUUUAUGACAGCCAUCUAUAAUCAACAAGAUUAUACAACAAUCUAUAAUCAACAAGACUAUGAUCAACAAGACUAUACUAAUGAUUUAGCUCAAAAUUCGCUCGACAACGUGUUCAAUAAUGAUAAAUUAAAUCAUAACGACAAUCAACUUCCUAUUUUCUUCGCUGAAGGUGGUGAAAGUUACAUGAUUGAUAUCAAUAAUGAUAAUAAUGAUAUUUUUUCAGCGCCGAACACAUCUAAUACUCCAAUAACAUCACUGAUAUCUUCACCUCUAAUGCAAUCACAACUAUUUAUGACAAAAUAUGAUUUAUGUCCUUUUUAA